CAUGAUCAUCAUUACAUAGGAUAGCUGAGAUUGUAAUAACACACACACACACACACGCAUUCUCUCUCUCUCCCCUCUUUCUUUCUCUCUCUAAGCUUUUCAUGCAUGAAGUGAUGCCCCCCAUAUAUAUACAUAUGCUUGCUUAGACUAUCAAAACAAGUUUUCAUUUUGUGCAACCAAAAAAUCUCUUUUUCUCUCUAUCUCUCUCUCUGUUUCUGGGGUUGGCAGAAGUCAACAUGCAAGGUUCUUAGGCUGAUAUGAUGAUUCUUAUGGUUUGAGCAAAUUUGAGUUUCAAAAAUAUAAUCUUUUUGUUGAAUUGGAAUUUGGGUUGGUGGACUAGUUUGUCAGAGUGAAUAGAAGUAAGAGAAAGGGGUGUGAUGUAACAGAUGAAGAACGAAGAGCAAGCUCGUAGUUUGUUUGGGAUUUCACUCUCUGGCAGACCCAGAUAUCAACAAUUCCUCAUUUGCUCAUCUGGAUUCUUCUUUGGAUAUCUUGUUAAUGGAAUCUGUGAGGAAUAUGUGUACAACAGGCUUCACUUUAGCUAUGGUUGGUACUUCACAUUUAUUCAAGGGUUUGUUUACCUGUUUCUGAUUUACCUCCAAGGUUUCACAAGCAAGCAAAUGGUGAAUCCAUGGAAAACUUAUGUGAAGCUUUCUGUUGUACUUAUGGGUUCACAUGGCCUAACAAAGGGAUCUUUGGCUUUUCUUAACUACCCGGCACAGAUCAUGUUCAAAUCCACAAAGGUUCUGCCAGUGAUGAUUAUGGGUGCCUUUAUACCGGGUCUGAGAAGGAAGUAUCCAAUGCAUGAAUAUAUAUCUGCAAUACUACUGGUAGUUGGCUUGAUCCUAUUCACACUAGCAGAUGCACAUACAUCACCAAAUUUCAGUGUCAUUGGUGUUAUUAUGAUAACUGGGGCUUUGGUCAUGGAUUCUUUUCUGGGAAAUCUGCAAGAAGCAAUCUUUACCAUGAACCCUGAGACCACACAGAUGGAGAUGCUCUUUUGCUCUACUGUAGUGGGCUUACCUUUCUUAAUCCCACCUAUGCUUUUUACAGGAGAAUUAUUCAAAGCAUGGACUUCAUGUUCACAACAUCCCUAUGUGUAUGGUGUGUUAGUCUUUGAAGCAAUGGCUACAUUUAUUGGCCAAGUCUCUGUCCUCUCCCUCAUUGCCAUUUUUGGUGCUGCCACCACUGCCAUGAUAACAACGGCAAGAAAGGCAGUGACAUUGUUAUUAUCAUACUUGAUAUUUACAAAACCAUUAACAGAACAACAUGGGAGUGGACUUCUACUCAUAGCCAUGGGAAUCACAUUGAAGAUGUUGCCUGAAAACAAAGCCACCACCACCACUAGGGCAUUAACAUCUUCUGCCACUGCCAAUAGUGCAAAAUCUAGUGGUGAUGAUGAAGAGUUGGGGACCCCAAGAGAAGAUGAUGAAAGGAGAUCCUUGGUCUAAAGCUCAAAUGGGUUCUCAAAUGCAAUUUUUAUUUUUCAAGUCAUUAUUUUAAAAUUCAUAAUUUCCCUGUCAUUUUCGUAUCAUGCUACAAAGGAAAGAGAAAAUAAUUCCCUGUCCAAUUAGCAUU